AUGGAUUUAGAGGGAGGUGAUUCGCCGUGGGGUGAUGUUCCCUCUCAAUCUAUCUCAUCUAAUGACGGGGAGUCUGGAAAUCAGAAUAACCUCCCAUCGCAGUCAGCACUCGCCAGCCCGCAAUCCCCGCCCGCCAGAGGCAUUCGGACCCCUCGGAGAUUUCAAGCUCAGAAGCUUGAAGCUGUCGAUGAUUCAAGUGACCCGCUCGGCCCUCUAGGCGACAAAUCAUUCCCUCCUAUCCAGGAACAAGGCCCGAUCCCUCCUCAGAAGGAGCCGUUUGCCGCGCGCAAUGUCCGCCCUACAUCAUCUACCUCUCAAUCAUCAAGUGCUGCCGGGCUCAUGGAGUCUGUUGACCUGGAUGAAGACGAAGCGCGAACGAGAAUCCGAGCACCGCCUCCUAUCCAACAGCCUUCGAGCAGCGGUGAUGGCCCGAAAAGACAGACUCAGCCCAGUAUGACUGUCGAGCAGGCUGCGAAACCUACUUUCCACAUUACCGUUGGUGAUCCUCAUAAAGUCGGAGACCUUACAAGCAGCCAUAUUGUUUAUCAAGUUAGGACAAAGACAACAUCGAAAGCAUAUGUACGCCCUGAAUUCUCUGUUACUAGACGAUAUCGCGAUUUUCUGUGGAUAUACAACUCCUUGCAUGGUAACAAUCCCGGAAUCGUUGUUCCGCCCCCUCCGGAGAAGCAGGCGGUUGGUCGGUUUGAAUCCAAUUUCGUCGAAUCGCGAAGAGCCGCAUUGGAGCGGAUGUUGAAUAAAAUCGCUGCACAUCCAGUGCUCCAGCAUGAUGCCGAUCUAAAAAUCUUCUUGGAAAGCGAUACAUUCAAUUUGGAUGUCAAGAAUAAAGAGAACCGGGAGCCAGAUCUUGGACAAAGUAAAGGGAUGUUCAGUUCUCUCGGUAUAUCGGUUGGCGGAGGAAGCAAAUUCGUAGAGCAUGAUGAUUGGUUCCACGACAGAAAAAUCUACCUUGAGGCCCUUGAAAAUCAGCUAAAAGGGUUAAUGAAGGCUGUGGAUACAGUGGUUCAGCAGCGCAAAGGACUUGCAGAGGCAGCCAGUGAUUUUGCGAUGUCUCUACACGCAUUAGCCGAUGUUGAACUGUCCCCUACCCUUUCUGGUCCACUAGAAGGACUUUCUGAAAUUCAACUUCGCAUACGGGAACUCUAUGAACGUCAAGCCCAGCAGGACACUCUAACCUUAGGAAUUACAAUCGAUGAAUAUAUCCGGUUGAUAGGAAGUGUAAAAAUGGCAUUCAAUCAACGCCAGAAAUCAUUUCAAAGCUGGCAUACGGCCGAAUCAGAGCUACAAAAAAGGAGAAACGCGCAAGAUAAGCUGCUCCGUCAAGGGAAAUCCCAGCAGGACAGACUCAAUCAAGCCAAUGCCGACGUGGCUGAUGCCGAGAGAAAGGUACACCAGGCAAGGUUAUUGUUUGAGGACAUGGGGAAGUUGAUGCGCAAUGAAUUGGAACGAUUUGAAAAGAGAAGGUGGAAGACUUCAAAUCCGGCGUGGAGACGUUCUUGGAGGAGCGCUGUUGAAGCACAAAAAGAGUUGAUCGAGCUAUGGGAAACGUUCCUUCUUCAGCUCGACUCCGACGACGACAUGAAUCCAUUCUUCAAUCAGCCUCACUCUUCCGAAUCACAGCACGAACGAACCGAAAGUGGCUCCGCUUCACAGGCUACUGAACCAACCUCUGUUCAAGAGGGGUCGUGA